CUUUGCUCCCCAGUCUCCUCCAACUCUCCCAGCAGGACCACAUGAUGUGGAUGUGAUGCUCUGACACUCACACACACACACUCACCAGGCUGCAGGACAACUUUACUCAGCAGCCAGUGUAUUUGGGAGUGUGUUUUGUUUUGGAAAUACCGGGCAGUAACUCCAGACUGAGAGGGGGUCGCAUUAGUUUAGUGGGCGAGUGUGUUUUGUUCUUUUACUUUUCUUUUCUCUGUUUUCUCCCUGAAGCACCAGACACAAGCCAGCAGCCCUGUCCCGUCUUGUAUUUCCCACAUGUCGCGAAAGCAGGUGGAUCAUGACUACAGCCUCCGUAGUAUGAGCAACCUGAUGGGCGAGCGCUGGAAGAAAGUGGACGAUGGAGGAGAGCGGAGUCUCAUCAAGGCUCCGUCCAGCGCCAGCAUCAGCAGCCAGGGCGCCGCUGCCGGAGGGUCCGCCGCCGGUGCCCCUGGAGCGGCUGCCGGGGGAGCGGCAGGAGCCGCCUCCACCUCCUCCGCCGGGGACCUGGAGAGGGCUGCCCGCAAGCAGUUCCAGCAGGAUGUCACGCCGGGCUUCGUCUACGUCCUGGCCGUGUUCUCCGCGCUGGGGGGCUUCCUGUUCGGCUACGACACCGGGGUGAUCUCCGGGGCGAUGCUCCUGCUGAAGCGGGAGCUGGAGCUGAGCGCCCUGUGGCAGGAGCUGCUCAUCUCAUGCACUGUGGCCGCGGCCGCCCUGUCCGCGCUGCUGGGCGGCUUCCUCAACGGGCUCUUCGGGCGCAGGGUGUGCAUACUGCUGGCCAGCUUCUCCUUCACGCUCGGGGGGAUCGUGCUGAGCACCGCCCCCGGGAAAGAGGUGCUGCUGACGGGGAGGCUCAUCGUGGGAGUCGGGCUCGGCAUUGCCUCGAUGACAGUGCCCGUGUACAUCGCUGAGGCCUCUCCGCCCCACCUCAGGGGUCAGCUGGUGACCGUCAACACCCUCUUCAUCACCGGGGGACAGUUCACUGCCAGCCUCAUCGACGGCGCCUUCAGCUACUUGCAGCGCGAUGGGUGGAGGUACAUGUUGGGUCUGUCAGUGCUUCCCGCUGUGCUCCAGUUCAUUGGAUUCCUGUUCCUGCCGGAGAGCCCUCGCUGGCUAAUCCAGCGCGGGCUGACCCAGAAGGCCCGCCGCGUGCUCAGUCAGAUCCGAGGCAACCAGAACAUCGACGAGGAGUACGACAGCAUCAAGAACAGCAUCGAAGAGGAGGAGAAGGACAGCGGAGGAAAUGGCCCGGUGAUCUGGCGGAUGCUGACCUACCCGCCGACUCGACGCGCCCUCCUGGUGGGCUGUGGUCUUCAAAUGUUCCAACAGCUUUCAGGGAUCAACACCAUCAUGUACUACAGCGCCACCAUCCUGCAGAUGUCCGGAGUGCGGAAUGACAGGCUGGCAAUCUGGUUGGCCGGGCUCACCACCCUCACCAACUUCCUGUUCACCCUGCUGGGAGUGUGGCUGGUGGAGAGAGUGGGACGCAGGAAGCUCACUCUGGGCAGCAUCGUAGGCACAUGUUUGAGUUUGAGUCUGUUGGCCACCGGUUUUCUGAUAUCUGCCCAGCACAGUCCUCCUGUCACCUUCCACCCGUUAGACCCCGCCAUGGCCAACUCUACUUGCUCCAAGUACCAGCUGUGUGAGCCGUGCAUGCUGGACCCUGGGUGUGGCUUCUGUUACCGUGAGAAUGGCUCGGCACUCCUCGCCUCCUCCUGUGUUGCAGUCAAUAAGGCCUCCACCGAGCGAGCCGCAUGGGGCAGAUGCUCAAACUCCAGCCUGAUGAGAGAUCAGACGUACUGGGCCUACAACUACUGUCCCACCUCCUACUCCUGGCUGGUUCUGCUGGGUCUGGUGCUCUACCUAGCUGCUUUCGCUCCAGGGAUGGGUCCAAUGCCGUGGACCAUCAACUCAGAGAUCUACCCGCUGUGGGCGAGGAGCACAGGGAACGCCUGCGCCGCCGGAGUCAACUGGACCUUCAACAUUCUGGUGUCUCUCACCUUCCUCCACCUGGCUCAGUACAUCACCUACUAUGGAGCUUUCUUCCUCUACUCCAGUAUGGCCUUACUGGGUUUCAUCUUCAUCUACGGAUGCCUGCCGGAGACCAAAGGCCGGCGUCUGGAGGAGAUCGAGGCGCUGUUCGAGAACCAGCUCUGCUCCUGUGGCGCCACCGAUUCUGACGAGGGACGGCAGGUCGAGUACAUCCGGGUCAAAGGCUCAAACUAUCAUCUAUCGGACAACGACGCAUCUGACGUGGACUAGGGAGAGUUUUGGGUGUUGUUGUAUUUUCCCUCUGCAGAGAUGUUGGGUGUGUAAUAUUUAUAAUUUUUUUAAACAUGAGCUAAGGAGUCACUGAUUUCCCUCACUGCUGUUUGAUAACAGCUAAAAAGGCCUUUUGCUUAUAUCAGCAAUGUGAGUUCACUUUCAAAUCAGUCAAUUCAGGAAUCCAAAAAUCAACGACGAGGCUUGAGUUUGGUUGUGAACGUUUUGUUUUCAGAUAAUCUCUGGACUGAGGGUGAGCUGACAACAAGCUGCUUUAGUCAACGGCUAAUUCUCAACCAUGCACGUAGAAAAGACGAAACCAUUCUCUUUUCCACACAUAAAGAGAUUUCACAUAAAUACACAGAGAUCCAGUGUCAGGAAACAUGACAUAUAUUCAUGUAUAAGGGACGUCCAGCCAUGAUGACGUAUUUUACAAAAGGAGCUGUGGCACAAAUGUUUUUUGUUCUUUGAGUAUAUAUCAGUUAGGAUUUCUAUAUAAUGUUGUACAUACAGUACAGUAGAAGAAGAAUAACACGACAUAGCCAUCCUUACAGCGCCAUGUCGUUAAUAGUGAUCGUGGUCUCGGAUACCUGGACGUGUGUGUCCACAAUGUUGCCGUUGGCGUGACUGCCGUUAUAACUCAUCGUCGAUCUGUAGAACCAUUCUGCCUUUCUAUAUGAAACACGUCUCAGUUACAUGUCGUUUUAAGCUUGUAGCAUCGCACAUUAAAGCAGCACUAUGUAACAUUUACUGAUGAACAGCGCCCUCUGCAGCCACUCAUGGUGAUUUAUUCUGUUGGACUCAGUGUCCGAGCAAUUGUUUUUUUAAUGUAGAGAACAAAACAAAGCCUGUCAAUGUGUUAACCAGAGUUCUGAAUGUGUAGUCCCUCUCACUGAACUGAAACCCAACUGAACGGUGGAUAUUACCCAUGAUCCCCAGCUUCCCGAGCCACAAGAGCUGCUGCUGUAACAAAUACACAACUCUUAAUGUUUUAAAUGUUUACUCGCUGAAUAAUGGAGAUAAACUCUGGUUUGAAAUGAUUUCUAAGUCUUUUUAACUGAUCUACAUUUCAACAUUACUCUUGCUGGACUUGCUGGACCUGAUUCUGGCAAUUUAAGCUGCGACUGUCAGUCAGUUACACACUUCUCACAGAAACACACAACUCACCAAAGUUAUAUGGAGUAAGAACAGACGUUCAGAGUAAAGAGUGGGAAUGAAAGAGGCUCCAUUCUCCCUAUUCCAAGUCAGUGUAGCAUCAAACUCAUUUUUAAGCUGCUAUUUUAAGUUAGAAAAAGUUGCGUAGUGAUGCUUUAACAUCAGCUCCUCCUAGACUAGUCUCAGCUUGUGUUCACUCUCAUAAUUUUUAUGAAAGGAAAACACGAGAGAUGUACAGUAUGUUGUUUAAAAAUUAGCAACCUUUAUUGUCAGUGGGUGCACAAACAAAGACACCACUGCUGUAGCACUGAGAGGAAAUAGAACUUAUAUGGACCAUUUAUGUUUAUUUAUUUAUUUAGAAUUAUUUAAAAUGUUUGCACAAAUGAUGAAUAUCUCUUCAGCAUAGUUUGUUUUUCUGGUUGGUUCUGUUUCCUAUCUGCGUCUCAAAAAAGGCAGUUUGAACAUAACACUAUGGAGACUACAGUUUAAUCUACAAUCUGAUUCAUUCUGUCUCUGUGACCUGAUGCCAUAAACCAUAGCAACUCACCACUGCUGGAUAUAUUCUCCAUUUAAUAAUAUUUCAAACAAAGACAGCCAGUGUCCUCUAUCCGUGGUGGUGAAUUAAAAACUAUUAGUUUUAUCUUAACAUGAUAAUAUUAGUGCCUGUGUAUCGUGAAGUUGCCUAAUGGCAAUUUUUCAGUCACAUUCGUAAUGUGGACUUGUAUGUGUUUCGUUAUGUAAGUCUACAUAGCUUUUUUUUAAUGUGACAUGUACAUAUUUGCCUCUCACCUAUGGCGGAAUUUUAUUUUUGUAUUAUUAUUAUGGUUUAAUGUAUUUCGAUUUUUCGUCUUCCUCCAUAGCCUUAUGUACAAAAUAGCAGAGUGUACCAGUUACCGUAUGUGGUUCUCGUGUCAACACGUCGAGGAGUAGGACUUAGUGUAAAUUGCCAGUGUUGUUUUGUAGAAGUAAGAGUGCGUGAGGUUCUUAGUCACAUACACAUAAGUUUCAGUGUAUCGGAAACUGUCAGAAAGUUAACAACGGAUUCACUUUAACAAAACUGAUUAAUAAGGCGUCAACAGGUUGCGCUGUUUCUGUGUUCGAUGAAAAGGGUUCUCGUGACAGAUCAAGGACAGUCCAUGGUAUUAACCCAUAAUGAAUUCAUAUGAUUUUUAAAUUAACUUUUCAAAUGAGCAAAAUUUCAAGCUAGAGACAAGACUAGUAAAACAGUGAUCACAUAGCAUCCAGCACCUUCAUUUGGAAACCCAAUAACCUUCAAUGUCCUUCAAACACACUUGGAAAAAGUUAACAUAGAUUUCAUUCACAGCACAUUUUUUACUAAUUGUAGUUAUUAUCUGCUGAUCAGUUUCCAAAGCAUGCUCUACAUUUCAAAUUGAUUGAUUUUUAUUCUUGAAACUUGCAAGCAGCCGCUGAUUUGUAUUCCAUUCUUUUCAAGAAGCAAUGAAAAAUCCCAAAAACAAAAUUAUAAUGUAUCGAUUUUUUUCCCUGUCUUUAUUCAAGAGAUUUCAAAGAUUUCCCAUUCAGAUUUUGUAAUGCUCUCUCUCAAAACCCUGAGCUUGUAGUCAUAUAGCCCCUGCUUAUGCUCAAACUGUGCGCUUGCACUCAGACAUUUUGUUGCUUACGCUCAGAUUUCCUGCGCUCCAGCUUCAGUUCUUCAUACUGCUUCUGUGACGCAUCUGCUCUAGGACCUUUUUGUGUGCAACAUGUCCGUCAGAAUUCCCAAACCAAUGCUAGGUGUAGUGUUUACAAAUGAAACUGAAGUUUUGCUCUCAAACAGAAAGACCACACCCUUGAACAAAGAUAGGGGACAAAAAACAUAAUAGUGAAUGUUUUAAACGAUACAGCCUUAGCACAGAAACUAUAAAAGGUCAACAUAAAAAUCCAUCACGUGCUUUUCAAAAUGAUCGGCACUAAUGUAAAGUACCUAUGAUUUGUAGUUAGGAGGCUGGAACAUGCAACCAUGCAUUGGAACCAAACAAUUGGUUACAAGUGCUGUUGCGAAACAUCCUAGAUAAACCUUUCUGUUUUCAGAAAAAGACAAUUAACUUAGACCACUUUUUCUACUUGGUAAUUUAGUCCUUAAAACCAGCUUGUUUAACCUUUUAAACUAAUGGAGACUAGUUUGUACAGGUUUAAAAGCAAAGAAAAUAACCAGUCCCCAAGUGAAGAUAUUGUUUUAACUCAAAACAACACAAACUAGUUUUAUACCGAGAGUAUUAUUACAGAUAAAACAUAUGUCCUUGACCCAGAUUAUGUAACGAAAAGCUAAUGUUGACCAAAUAUUUACCGUGAGUGUUUCAGGCCGCAGCUUAUCACUGACGUUAACAUGCAGUUUGUGUUAACACCCAGUUUGUGUUAACACCGUCCUCCACUACACUGGGGAUGUUUUCAUGUGUUCUUAUGGUGAAAUGGUUGUAAUUUUUUUCUAUGUGAACCAACUACGUGUGUUUCUAGUUUACGAGGAACUACAGAAUACAAAUAAAAUAAAAUAAAAAGUGAUGUAUACUUUAUUUGACUAUUGUUAAAGCUGUAAAUGUUUUGCUAGAGUUUAUAUUCUAUAAAAUAAAAAUAUCUUAAUGAAA